UUCUUUUUGUCUCACAUUUUCUCGGGAGAGGAAAAAAAAAUCACUUUCUCCGAGCGGAUGGAAAAAUUCGAAGACUUGCUACAUCUGGAUCGUAAGCGGAUGUGAUCUCCAACGAACGUUGUAUUUCUACCGGUUUCGUAAUCUUAUCGUCAGUUCCUUUUCGAAUUUUCAAUUCCUUGGCUCGUCUUAUUUCAUCGGAAGCAUCGACGAUUUGGCUUGAUCACAAUCUUAUGAAGAAGGAGACUGAAAGUUGUGUAAAACCAAUGCUAGGAGUCUCAUCAUCAGGUUAGUAGAAUGAGCAGAAAAAAAACAGAAAUUGACAGUGAGUCAGGACCAGUCACUCCUCGUGUCCCGGUUGAUAGAUUCGGGUUCCUGAAGCAAGAACAUGGUAACUCGCCAGAACGCUUCAGCAAGGCUAGAUCAACAUCAUCCACUGACCAUGACAGAGAGGAGAGAAAGGUGAGAAAAUGGAGGAAGAUGAUUGGGAUUGGAGGUAGUGACUGGAAGCAUUAUGUUAGAAGAAAACCUAAUGUUGUCAAAAGGCGUAUACGAAAAGGGAUCCCGGAUUGUCUUAGAGGUCUUGUUUGGCAGUUAAUCUCAGGAAGCCGGGACCUUUUGCUUAUGAAUCCUGGUGUUUAUGAGCAAUUGGUGAUUUAUGAGACAUCGGCAUCAGAACUUGAUAUCAUUCGAGACAUAUCCCGUACUUUCCCAUCCCAUGUUUUCUUUCAGAAGAGACAUGGACCUGGACAAAGAUCGCUCUACAAUGUCCUUAAGGCGUACUCAGUUUAUGACAGAGAUGUUGGAUAUGUUCAGGGGAUGGGUUUUAUAGCCGGUCUGUUGCUUCUUUAUAUGAGCGAAGAAGAUGCGUUCUGGUUACUAGUUGCAUUACUCAAAGGAGCUGUUCAUGCUCCAAUGGAAGGAUUGUAUCAUGCAGGGCUUCCUCUUGUACAGCAAUACCUGUUUCAGUUAGAAAGCUUGGUUCGAGAGCUAAUCCCGAAGCUCGGAGAACAUUUCACUGAAGAAAUGAUCAAUCCGAGUAUGUAUGCAAGUCAAUGGUUCAUCACCGUCUUCUCUUAUUCAUUUCCUUUCCCUUUGGCUCUACGGAUAUGGGAUGUGUUUCUCUCUGAGGGCGUUAAAAUCGUGUUCAAAGUCGGCUUAGCAUUGUUGAAGUAUUGCCAAGAUGAGCUGGUAAAAUUACCGUUUGAAAAACUCAUACAUGCUCUGAAAAAUUUCCCUGAAGAUGCAAUGAAUCCAGAUACCUUGCUUCCAUUGGCUUACUCCAUUAAGGUAUCAAAGCGUUUGGAAGAACUGAAAAAGGAUUAUGAGAAGACUAUUGGCAAACCGGUUCAACCGUAAGAAAAUCGGUUUGGCAGUAGCCUGAACCACCAGACGCUUGGAUUCGAAUUCUUUUCUCAUCCUUAUCUUUUUGGAUUUUGGAAUAUAUUCUUCUUUCAUCAUAUUUGUCAAGUUGGGGGGAGGAAUCACUUUAUAUCGUUUCGAUUUCAAGAAAUUUCUGGUAAAGAAGGUAUUAUAGAUAGAGAUUUGUUGUUGUAGUGUUUGUAGAGAAAUCUCAUUAUUAAUGUCAAAGGUAAAUCAUUUUAGUUGUUCGACUUUUCCUAAUUGAAAAAAUUGUAUGUUUGUACAAAAUCUAAAUACUACAUGUUAAUC